CCCCGCCUGCUAGGGCCCCGCCCCCUCACUUUCUAGAGUCCAGUCGAACUGGGUCCCGCCCCCUCACUUUCUCCACCCCUUCGGCUUCGGCACUACCCGCCCGAUUUGGGCACCGUCCCUUCCACCCCCUUCCCCAGCUCCGAGCUCCGCCCCCCAGACUGUCGGCCGCGGCCCCGCCUCCUCAGCGGCUCAGCCUUCAGACACAACAUGGCAGCAGCGGCGGCCAAGGCCGGAUUGGCAGGGCUGAGGCGAGCGGCCUCGGUGGUGUGCCUGCGCACUCGUCGGCCGCCCCUCCGGGAGCUCUCGGCUCCGGCCCGCCUGUACCAUAAGAAGCAGGAAGGAUUCUGAGCAGAUGAUCCCUAAGUUCCCUCCUGGUAGACGAGUCAGGACUGCCUCUCAAUGGGCUGCUUUGGCCUUAAAGCAAAGAGCUCUGAAGCAGCGGGUGAGGAGGGCUGCUGAAGGGGAUGCCAGCCUGCCAGGAACCCGAGGCUCACCCUGGGAAGGGGACUUGCUGUCAGCCUGGAUCUCCUCACCCCCACCUCAUCCUUCCGUUUCAGGUCCACCUGUCUCUGGUGGUCGACCACUACGAGAACCCCAGAAACGUAGGGUCCCUGGACAAGACAUCCAAAAAUGUGGGCACGGGGCUGGUGGGGGCGCCGGCCUGCGGGGACGUCAUGAAGCUGCAGAUCCAAGUGGAUGAGAAAGGGAAGAUUGUGGACGCCCGGUUCAAGACAUUUGGCUGUGGCUCUGCCAUCGCUUCAAGCUCCCUGGCCACCGAGUGGGUUAAAGGGAAAACGGUGGAAGAGGCCUUAACCAUCAAGAACACGGACAUUGCCAAGGAGCUGUGCCUCCCCCCGGUGAAGCUGCAUUGCUCCAUGCUUGCUGAAGAUGCAAUCAAGGCUGCCCUGGCGGACUACAAACUGAAGCAGGGUACUCCAAAUAAAGAGGAACCCGAGGAGAAGAAGUGAUUGCCCGGGCCCCCCCCCCGCCCCCCCCCCCCCCCCCCCCCCCCCCCCGCUCCCCCACUCCCGCUGCAGCCUGCAGGCUGGCUGGGCCGUCCAGGCUCCCCUUCCAGUGCAGUCGAUCUCACCAUAGAGCUUAGGAAGCUCUUGUACCCCAAUAAAAGCGCUAUGUGGUAAAUCACACACGAUGUCCUCCUGUUCUAGCAGCUCUGAUUGAUCCCUGUGACCUGCACACCUUGUGUUCUCUGUCCCUGGGUUUGCUUCUGUACCAUCACCCGCCUCGAGGCCUGAUGAGACUGGAUUUUGUGCAUUGUGUAAUCUGUGUUAUCUUGACAAAUACUUGGAACCUCCAAAUGGCUUUCAUCUGAAGGGGGUGACUGAUUUAGCACUUAAUUCACCUGAGUGGGUUUGGGGAAAAGAGUUAUUGCUACAAAUUGCCUUGGUCUAAAUGUUGGAAAGAACCAUUAUUGUACAUAAGACAGAUCUAUCUAUAUACAUCUAUGCAUAUUAUAUAUAUAUAAAGCAUAAUAAAACUAUAAGAAUCCA